ACUACGCCUGCACCAACUACAACUACAGCUGCACCAACUACAACUACAUCUGCAGCAACCACAACAACAGCUGCACCAACUACAACUACACCUGCAGCAACCACAACUACAGCCGCACCAACUACAACUACAGCUGCACCGUCCACAACUACAGCCACCCCAACUACAACUACACCAACUACAGCCACCCCAACUACAACUACACCAACUACAACUACACCUGCAGCAACCACAACAACAGCUGCACCAACUACAACUACACCUGUACCAACCACAACUACAGCUGCACCAACUACAACUACACCUGCAGACACCACAACUACAGCUGCACCAACUACAACUACAGCUGUACCAACCACAACUACAGCUGCACCAACUACACCUGCACCAACCAUAACUACAGCUGCACCAACUACAACUACACCUGCACCAACUACAACUACAGCUGCACCAACUACAACUACACCUGCACCAACCACAACUACAGCCGCACCAACUACAACUACAGCUACACCAACCACAACUACAGCCGCACCAACCACAACUACAGCCGCACCAACUACAACUACACCUGCACCAACUACACCUGCAGCAACCACAACAACAGCUGCACCAACUACAACUACACCUGCAGCAACCACAACUACAGCUGCACCAACUACAACUACAGCCACACCAACUACAACUACACCUGCACCAACUACACCUGCAGCAACCACAACAACAGCUGCACCAACUACAACUACACCUGCAGCAACCACAACAACAGCUGCACCAACUACAACUACACCUGCAGCAACCACAACUACACCUACACCAACACCUGCAGCAACCACGACGACACCUGCACCAACUACAACUACACCUGCACCAACCACAACUACAGCUACAACAACUACAACUACAGCUGCAACAACUACACCUGCAGCAACCACAACUACAGCUGCAAGAACAACAACUACAGCUGCACCAACCACAACUACAGCUGCAGCAACUACACCUACAGCGGCACCAACUACAACUACACCUGAAGCAACCACAACUACGCCUGCACCAACUACAACUACAGCUGCACCAACUACAACUACAGCUGCACCAACCACAACUACAGCCGCACCAACUACAACUACAGUUGCACCAUCCACAACUACAGCCGCCCCAACUACAACUACACCAACUACAACUACACCUGCAGCAACCACAACAACAGCUGCACCAACUACAACUACACCUGUACCAACCACAACUACAGCUGCACCAACUACAACUACAGCUGCACCAACCACAACUACAGCUGCACCAACUACAACUACACCUGCAGCAACCACAACUACAGCUGCAAGAACUACAACUACACCUGCACCAACCACAACUACAGCUGCACCAACUACAACUACACCUGCACCAACUACAACUACAGCUGCACCAACUACAACUACACCUGCACCAACUACAACUACAGCUGCACCAACUACAACUACAGCUGCACCAACUACAACUACAGCUGCACCAACUACACCUCCUGCACCAACCACAACUACAGCUGCACCAACCACAACUACAGCUGCACCAACUACAACUACACCUGCACCAACCACAACUACAGCUGCACGAACCACAACUACAGCUGCACCAACUACAACUACACCUGCACCAACCACAACUACAGCUGCACCAACUACAACUACACCUGCACCAACCACAACUACAGCUGCACCAACUACAACUACACCUGCACCAACCACAACUACAGCUGCAACAACUACAGCUGCACCAACUACAACUACACCUGCACCAACUACAACUACACCUGCACCAACCAUAACUACAGCUGCACCAACUACAACUACAUCUGCACCAACCACAACUACACCUGCACCAACCACAACUGCAGCUGCACCAACUACAACUACACCUGCAGAAACCACAACUACACCUGCACCAACUACAACUACACCUACAGAAACCACAACUACAGCUACAUUAACUACACCUGCACCAACUACAACUACACCUGCAGAAACCACAACUACAGCUACAUUAACUACAACUACAGCUGCACCAACUACAACUACAGCUCCACCAACUACAACUACAGCUGCACCAACCACAACUACAGCUGCACCAACCACAACUACACCUGUAGCAACCACAACUACAGUUGCAGCAACCACAACUACAGCCGCACCAACUACAACUACACCUGCACCAACCAUAACUACAGCUGCACCAACUACAACUACACCUGCACAAACUACAACUACACCUGCACCAACCAUAACUACAGCUGCACCAACUACAUCUGCACCAACCACAACUACAUCUGCACCAACUACAAUUACACCUGCAGAAACCACAGCUACAUCAACUACAACUACAGCUGCACCAACUACAGCUCCAGCAACUACAACUACAGCCGCACCAACUACAACCACAGCUCCCACAACAACAAAUACACCUGUACCUACCACAACUACAGCUGCACCAACUACAACUACACCUGCACCAACCAUAACUACAGCUGCACCAACUACACCUGCAGCAACCACAACCAGACAUGCAGCAACCACAACUACACCUGCACCAACUACACCUUCAGCAACCACAACUACAGCUGCACCAACUACAACUACACCUGCAGAAACCACAACUACAGCUACACCAACUACAACUACAGCUGCACCAACUACUACUGCACCAACUACAACUACAGCUGCACCAACUACAACUACACCUACAGCAACUACAACUACAGCCACACCAGCUACAACUACAGCCGCACCAACUCCAACUACACCUCCAGCAACCACAACUACAGUUGCACCAACUACAACUACAGCUGCACCAACUACAACUACACCUGCAGCAACCACAACUACACCUGCAGCAACCACAACUACACCUGCACCAACUACAACUACACCUGCAGCAACAACAACUACAGCUGCACCAACUACAACUACACCUGCAGCAACCACAACUACAGCUGCACCAACUACAACUACACCUGCAGCAACCACAACUACAGUUGCAACAACUACAGCCACACCAACUACCACUACAGCCACACCAACUACAACUACACCUGCAGCAACCACAACUACAGCUGCACCAACUACAACUACACCUGCACCAACCACAACUACAGCUGCACCAACUAUAACUACAGCUGCAGCAACCACAACUACAGCUGCACCAACUACAACUACAUCUCCACAAUCAACCACCACAGCUGCACCAACUACGACUACACCAACUACAACUACACCUGCAGCAACAACAACUACAGCUGCACCAACUACAACUACACCUGCACCAACGACAACUACAGCUGCACCAAGUACAACUACAGCUGCACCAACCACAACUACACCUGCACCAACCACAACUACAGCUGCAUCAACUACAACUACACCUGCACCAACUGCAACUACACCUGCACCAACUACAAGUACACCUGCAGCAACCACAACUACAGCCGCACCAACUACAACUACACCAACUACAACUACACCUGCAGCAACCACAACUACACCUGCACCAACUACAAGUACAGUCACACCAAUGACAACUACAGUGUCCCCAACUACGACUACAGUUGCACCAACUACAACUACAGCUCCACAAUCAACCACCACAGCUGCAACAACUACACCUGCAGCAACCACAACUACAGCCGCACCAACUACAACUACACCUGCACCAACUACAACUACACCUGCACCAACUACACCUGCAGCAACCACAACUACAGCUGCACCAACUACAAGUACACCUGCAGCAACCACAACUACAGCCGCACCAACUACAACUACACCUGCACCAACUACA